GAGAGCAGAUGGAGAGAUCAUCAUCAUCAUAAGAGAGAGAGAGCAGAGCGUAGAGGCGUUUGGAUGGGCGGACUCCUCAGGCCAUCUCUCUCCCUUUAUCUUUUCUAGAAGGAAAACAGGAACAGAGGAAGUACGAGUGAAGGUGUUGUAUUGUGGAAUAUGUCAUAGUGAUCUUCAUUGUCUCAAGAACGAAUGGCAUUCCUCUAUUUACCCUUUGGUUCCUGGAUGGGAAAGGUUCUUGAGAAGGAGGCGUUUGGAUUGGCCGCGAAAGACGAAUCAGGAGUUCUCUCUCCUUUCAGUUUCUCUAGAAGGGAUACGGGAGAAAAAGAUGUAAGGUUCAAAGUGUUGUUCUGUGGAAUUUGCCACACUGAUUUAUGUAUGGCCAAAAACGAAUGGGGCUUCACUACCUAUCCUCUUGUCCCAGGGCAUGAGAUCGUGGGCGUGGUGACUGAAGUUGGAGCCAAAGUGACCAAAUUCAACACUGGAGACAAAGUCGGAGUUGGCUACAUGUCCCGCUCGUGCCUGUCAUGUGACAGCUGCAGUGAUGGGGAAGAGAAUUACUGUCCAAAGAUGAUCCCAACAUCCGGAGGCAAAGACUACGACGACACCAUGACCCGUGGUGGUUACUCCGACCACAUGGUGUGUGCUGAGGAUUUCAUUAUCCGUAUUCCUGACAAUCUCCCAUUGGAUGGUGUCGCACCACUACUCUGUGCCGGAGUCACCGUCUACUCCGCAAUGAAGUAUCAUGGGUUCGACAAGCCCGGUAUGCACAUUGGUGUGGUGGGACUAGGUGGUUUGGGUCAUGUAGGAGUGAAAUUUGCCAAGGCUUUGGGUAAUAAAGUUACGGUUGUUAGUACUUCCGAGCGUAAGAGAGAGGAGGCGAUCAAUAGGCUUGGUGCAGAUGCCUUCUUGGUGAGCCGUGACCCAAAACAAAUGGAGGAUGCAGUGGGGACUAUGGAUGGUAUAAUUGAUACCGCAUCUGCGACCCAUCCGCUUCUUCCACUGCUUGGUCUGCUUAAAAAUAAGGGAAAACUUGUUAUGGUUGGUGCACCUGCCAAGCCACUUGAGCUUCCGGUGUUCCCUCUCAUCUUCGGGAGGAAGAUGGUGGUAGGAAGUAUGAUAGGAGGUAUAAAGGAGAUGCAAGAGACGGUGGACUUGGCUGGAAAACACAAUAUCACGGCAGAUAUUGAGCUUAUCUCUGCGGAUUAUGUCAACACUGCCAUGGAACGACUCGCUAAGGGUGACGUUAAGUACCGAUUUGUGAUUGAUGUUGCCAAUACGUUGAAGCCUACUCCUUAGUUGGAAAGCUUAAAAUUUGAAUUUCCCCAAAGCAUUUUUCCUUGUUUGGUUUGUUGUAAUAAGUGUUGUAUUUUUGAGCUGACGACUUUGUGUGUACUACUACUAGUCCACUACUAGCUACAGCAUGUGCUUUAUCAAAUUAAAAAAACUUGAAUAAGUUAUUUAAUUAA